UAAACAACAAGGGAGAAUAUAUGAAGAAGAGGAAAAAAAAUAAGAAAAGAAAACGAAGGAGAAGAAAAAAGAAUUUGGAAAAGAAGAAGAAGAAGAAAUAAACAGAGAAAAGAAAAAAAUAGUAGAAGAAGAGGAAAAGGAAGAAGCAGAAGAAGAACAAGAAGAACAAAAAGACAGAAGAAGGAAAAGAAGAAGAAGAGGCACCGUUGGCAACACUGACAGCCAGCCACACACCACACAGCGUUUCAAAUGGUGGCCGGUGGAUGUCAGGAGGAAGGCGUCAACAUUCUUCCCUCUCGCACGUAAUUUCUGGUGACUGUCCAUCCUCCACUAUAGUCCGGGAACUCUUUAGCCUUUCAGUGAGGUGGCCGUGUACUUGUUUUCCCCCGAGGAGCAGUGAGUUGUGUGUGUGACUGCUGUGGGGUUGUAGCAGUGUACAACAGACACCAAAGAAUGGCUGAGUUCAAGACCCCAGUUUCCAAUAGAACAAGAAAGGGAAAGGGUGGCAAUUGCACACCCAAGAUUGUCAUUCCUCCCUCCCCUCUCAUGAAGCAGCUGGGAUAUGGCACUGGUGUGAAUGUUUACUUAAUGGAGCGCUUCUCACCUCUUCAUGGCAGCUACAAAUCUCCCUGGGCUGUAAAGAAAAUUAACAGAAAAAUCAAUGAUGAAGAUGAUGAAUUCAAGAAGAGACUGUACACCGAAGCUAGUCUCUUGAAGAGCUUGAACCACCCAAACAUCAUUGGGUACCGAUCAUAUACACACAAGGAUGGUGUUCCCUGCCUCUUCAUGGAAAGUGGAGACCGUUCUCUGGAUGACCUGAUUGAGAAAAGGGAGGAGGCAGGCUUGGGGCCAUUCCCUCCCUUCAGUAUCUUGAAGGUGGCAAGAGAUGUAGCGAGUGGCUUGAAGUACCUGCAUGAAGAAAAAAAGUUGCUUCACGGUGACCUGAAGAGUGGCAACAUUCUCAUCAAGGGUGACUUCAAGGUUGCAAAACUCUGUGACUUCGGUGUAUCUCUGAAACUUGAUGACAAGGGGGCUCUGCGUGAUCCAGAGAAGUGCUACAUUGGGACGGAGUGUUGGUCAGCCCCAGAAGUCUUGGAGGGAGCCACCAUCACACAUAAAACAGACAUGUUUCCUUAUGGACUUCUUUUGUGGGAAAUGGUGGCCCUCCAUCCCCCUCAUGUAAAUAUGCUGAAUUUAUCAGAAGCAUUUUCUGAUGAGGAGCUUUCAGAAAGUUUUGUGGAAGAGGAGUAUUAUAAGGUCUUAGGAACGCGACCUAGCUUGCCAGACACGCCCUUGACUGAAGACUACCUGCCAGUGCUUGAGAUCUUCUAUGCUUGCACUGAGGCUGAGCCAGCCAAGCGCCCCAAAGCAGCCCAGGUAGUGAACAUACUGGACUCUAUGGGAGACAAUAAGGAAAAGACAGAAGGCGCUGGUGGUGACCGCAAGUUUCUUAAGAUGCUCCAUGAAGACUUGUAGACUGACAUCGUCUGUGAGCACUGGUGCACCACCGUCCUGCAAUGCACAAUUUGUUGUAAGCCUCAUGGACAUGGUAAAGUAACAUAGGAAGACAUGAAUAUGCAGUCAUCUUCAUUCUUCCUUGAGUAAAGCAGGAAUGGUUUACCAUCUCUCCAGGGUAUGUACUGGUGUUUUCUUCUUUUCUUGAGCAGAUAAAUAGAACAAUUUCUCCAUGAAAUUGGUAGGAAUGCAAAACUCUUCAACUUCAUAAAUCAUAGUGGAUUGUCAUUAUCACCCUUCUUAGUUUCCUCUAUUCAGUCAGUAGUAUUACAUGUGCACAAACUUCCAGAGGAAAUGCAUUAUCCCAAACUGUGGUACAUACAAACAACUGAAAUAUUGGCAUGUUACAAUCAGGGUUAUGACUGCUAUAACAUGUUCAAGGCAAUUAACUGAGACUACACUGCACAUGAUGGUGACAGUGUGUAUUGAAAUUAUAAAGCUAUAGUCACGGCACCCAAGUCUGAAGUGUGCAUUAUCGUGCUCUGUCAACCUGCUAUCACACAGCAUGUCUGAUUUUGUGGAUAAUUAUGAUGCCCUAUGCAUAGGGAACAGUCAUCGGUAACAAAUACCACCAACUAUAGUUGAUUUCGAGUUAAACACUAUUAAUACUUUUGCAGACAGCUAUUUUUCUAAUUAUAAGAUCACUGAUUAACAUUAUUAAACAGCCUUGGUGCUGUCUGCUGCCCAAAUAAAGUAGUAGGCUUUAUUUUAACAAAACAGCUGUUUGCAACACUACUACUAAUUUUUGACUUUAUAAAGUAGACUAUAUUUGAUAGCAUUUGUAAUGGUUGCCUGCAUAUCGUCGAUACUCAGGACUGUUUUCUAUGCUGGGGCUAUCAUAUAUUAUCCUCACAAUCAGAUGCGUUAUGAGGCAGCAGGCUGCCAGAGCACGUUAAUGCACACCUCAGACUGUGUGGAGUGACAGAUGCCUACCAACAGUCAACCAGUAGCAUCCUUACUAGGCUAGGGAUCCAGCAUAAGUAAAUCUAUCAUGUUCCCUUGCCUUAAUUUCCACACUUUGAUACCAAUCCCAUGGGCUUCAUUAAAUGUGCGUGUGCCAUCUACUCACAAACUCUUGUAGAAUGAGACUAUUGUAUGGUUCAAUUGAAUGAAAGCAUUUAGUUUACACAAGUGAUCAAGUCCUGUACCUUUCAUUUCCAUCAAAGUUACCUGUCUUCUCCAAACAUACCUUGUGUGAAUGUGAACAUGCUUAUAAACUUAUAAACUAUAUUUACAUACUAUUAAAGCUUUUAAAAAAUAUAUUUUUAAAUUUAAAUAUUCUUGUCUAAAAUCCUGUCACUCAUAAAUUUUACAUCCUUACUAUGUUUACAUAGAUGAAUAGCUUCUUGUGUUUCUGUCAUUCUUCAUGUAAAAAAUGCUGCAAUAGCUGUAAGGAUAAGCACCAAUGCUGUCAGCUAAACAGAUCCAUGUUAUAAUUAUGAAAAUCAGUAUGGAUAUGGCUUGUGAAACAACUGUGGGCAUUCAUGUGCUCCUCGAAUUUGUAAGCAUCUGUAACAUCUUUAAAGGCCCCGUCAGACACCAUGUGAAUAUGUGGGUGCUCGCCCACGGCGGUCCCCACAACACAAUCGUGGUGUGCAGGGUGACAAGAUGCGAGCUUCUCUCCACCCAACUGUGUUGGAUAAAAAGGGUGCGUGACAAGACUCAUCCACCCCCUCCUCGCUCACUAAGUCCCAAAACUUUCAGCUCUAGUGGUGUCAUGAGGACGUAGUUCAACUGAUACACCCUCUACAAGGACAAUGUGUGCCUGUGGCAAGUUAAACAUCAUUUGUAGAAGGAUGCUGCUACAGGGAAAAUAGUUGAUAGCUUGAAAAAUUAAAUACUUUGUCGCAUUAUUGUAUCCUGACAAUCAGUGGUCUUAUUUUGUCCAGUAUCGUGUGGGAAAACAGUCACAGGCAGUGUCAUGUAAUUUUGAAAGUCCAGUUCAUAUUCCAUUGCCAAUUCCCUAAAUUUGUUGGUAGCUACCCAUUGUUUGCCUAUGUUUUGUCCAUUUCCUAUUUUUCUCGGUCUCUCCUGAUUAUUAUGGCACCAAUCAGUACUAAAGCUUUUGAUGAAGUGACGUGCUGCGCCUACCAACAUGGCCACGCACGUCUUGAGGCACACAUUUGAACACACGUCAGGUGAAGGCGCGCGACUUUCCACCCUUGCGCCCGGCCACCUUUCCUCACAAGUUGCUUCAUGUGACGGGGCCUUUAAUCAUUGGUUAAUAAAACCUUCCCCAGCUAUAUAACUACUGAUUUGGAUGUAGGUUAUUGUUUAAACAAAUGUACAAACAAUUCUACUGUCUGAAAUGUGCCUUUUUUCAGAAAGUUUUGGUAAUCUUACAAGUGUAAAUAAUAUCAGAUGUAUCUACUACUGAAAGUAUUUUUUAUAUUUCUCACUUUGCUAGAAAAAAUUACUAUAUAUUUUUUUUUGUAAUUUAGCAUAAAAUAAAUUUAAAUAAAUUUA